UGACCUGUUGGUUGUCGGUCGUCGGCGCAUUAGGUGUGCUGCGGUUGGUGAAACACGACAUAUAAUUUAAAUUUAAAUAACAUAUUUUAACACCUAUUUAUAAUAUAAUAAUAGUAAAAUAGCAUUUUGUAUUCUCGCUGCGAGUGUGCAGGUGGUCGUUGUUUCAUCGGGUCCGCGAAUGAACGAUUUCAUAUUCGAGUUUUUUUUUUGUUAAUUGUUCGAACUGCGGCAAAUUUAUAUUAAUGUAUUAAAGUAGUUAUUGUUGGUCCAGAGGAAAACGUUAAGAGUGACGCAUUGCCAAUUGGUGGAUUUUUACCGAGCCAAAACCGUCUGAAGAGGACUUCUCGUGUACAUAACAAUACUAUAGCUGAAAUCUUUUACCGGCUAUUUCAUUCGGUAUUUCUCGCAUCAUGAUACCUGUAAGACUACAAUGGGGACGACUUUUGUGCCGAGGUAAUUUGCGACAGACGUGCGUUCUGUUGACCCACAAAGAUCUAAGUCAACCGGCUCGACAUCGCACCGAGUCUAAAGUAGUUCGUUCGCCGUUUUCGGACGUUCAGAUACCGGAAAAUUUAGUAGAUGAGUACGUGUGGAGUGGGCUGGAAAGAUGGCCGGACAAAGACGCACUGGUUUGCGGAAUAACUAAUAGGAAAUUCACGUACCACGAGACGCGGCUGGCGUGCAAAAGGUUUGCGGCUAGUUUGAAGAAGAGAGGUGCAACACCUGGCCAAGUGUUCGCUGUAUUGUUGCCCAACAUUCCAGAGUUCGCUGUAGCCUCGCUGGGUGCCGUAGAAGCAGGUCUGGUCGUGACGACGAUCAAUCCAAUCUACACGCCAUUCGAACUAGCUCACCAGUUUAAGGACUCCGGUGCACAAGGUGUGGUGACGAUUCCUGAGUUGUUGCCCAAAGUUUUUGAAGCCCAACAGCUGAUGAAGGGGCCCGGCGUGAAACCACUGUACAUAAUAUCUGUCAACGGCAAAGGUUCAAGACCUGAUGGCGCGUGGGACUUUAAUGAAAUGCUUGAUCCAAUGGUGGACACUUCUAUUCUGAAAAAGAGCAGAUCAAACAGUGACGUGGCAUUCAUGCCGUACUCGAGUGGUACAACUGGUCUGUCUAAAGGUGUGUCACUGUCGCACCGGAACCUCUUGGCCAACAUCGAGCAGACCAGCCAUCCAGAUAUAAAACACUUUCUUGAUACGACAGAAAAUUAUCAAGAUGUGUUGCCGUCUAUUUUACCCUUUUACCAUAUUUAUGGUUUGACAAUGCUUCUUUUGAGGGGGCUAAGCUCUGGAUGUAAAUUGGUGACAUUGCCCAAACUUGAGUCGGAAUCAUUUUUGAACAUACUUAAAAACCAUAAGGCGACUUUAUUGUACGUAGUACCACCAAUAGUGCUGUUGUUGGGUCAAAAUAAAAACAUUACACCUGAACACUUUCAAAGUGUGAGAAUUAUUUGUAAUGGUGCUGGUCCUGUGAAAGAAGCAGACGCUGAAAAAGUACUUGCCAGGACCAACAAUAAAAAUGUACGUUUUUGUCAAGCGUAUGGCAUGACAGAAUCAUCACCAGCCGUGUUUGUAUCCAGGAAUUCUUCAUUGUUCGAUUAUUUGACUGUUGGUCCUCCCGUAUCUAACACUCUAGCUAGAGUCGUCGAUCCCACAGACAACUCAGUUGAAUACGGUCCCGGUGAAACUGGAGAAAUUCAGGUCAAAGGGCCACAGGUGAUGAUCGGCUACCACAACAACCCCAAAGCCACGGCUAACACUAUAAGUCCGGAAGGAUGGCUGAGUACUGGGGACAUUGGUUACUAUAACGAUAAAGAUGAAUUCUUCAUAGUUGAUCGUAUUAAGGAGCUGAUCAAAGUCCAAGGCUAUCAGGUUCCACCGGCUGAGCUGGAAGGAGUGCUGAGGACUCACCCGGCCGUGCUGGACGCAGCUGUCAUCGGCGUGCCGGACGAUCGAACAGGCGAGGCACCGUUGGCGUACAUUGUGCUAGACCAGGACAAACCGGCCGCCAGCGAGGCAGACAUAAAGGCGUUCGUAGCGGAACGAGUGGCACCGUACAAACAGAUCUCAGCUGGUGUGCGGUUCGUUGAAUCUUUGCCAAAAAGCGCAGCUGGCAAAAUAUUGAGGAGGUUACUUAAGGACGAGUACGAAAAGACCAAAGGCACCAAGUGAUCACCGGAAGUCACGAGAAUGUCACGAUUUCAGCGAUUAAUAACAAUAUACAUAAUAUAUUAUUGUCAUAAGUAUUUGAGUGCAAAAAUUAGGUUAAAAAAUAUGAAAAAAUACUCGUCGUUUUACUUAACUAUCACGUCGUAUAUAUUAAUGGUAACGAAUUGCUCAUACGAAUUUAUUAUUACUGUAUUAUUGAUUUCUGAUUUAUAAGACAACAAGUGAUAUUUA